UUCACAUGACAGUGUACAUACAGUGGCAUCAUACUAAUAAAGGGAAGUUUUAACCAAAAGUUUUUCAGUUAAUAUUGUAUCACAAAUAGCUGAGCAUCAAGGCAAAGGUACAUAUUUAUAUGGUACAGAUGAAAUGAAGUCAUGUUUAGUAAUUGGAGCAUCACGUGGCAUCGGACGACAGAUAGCCUUAACAUUUUCAGCUAGUGGCUACAAAGUAGGCGUUGCUGCAAAAACAACAGAAAGUACUGACAAAUUACCAGGAUCUAUUCAUACAGUUGUACAAGAAAUCAAGUCCACAGGUGGGACAGCAGUACCAAUACAGUGUGACGUUAGAAGUGAACAUGAAAUCAAAUCUGCUGUAGAAACUUGUAUAGAAAGAUUUGGUGACUUGGAUGUAGCUAUUUAUAAUGCUGGUGCAAUAACAUGGGACACGGUAAAGGAUACACCUCUCAAACGUUAUGAUUUGAUGCAAAGUGUGAAUGUUCGUGGAGCCUAUUGUAUGGUGCAAGAAAUUCUUCCGCGAUUUCUUGAGAGAAAGAAAGGGAAAAUUAUUUUGGUAUCACCACCCAUAUAUAAUAGAUUUUUUAAAGGCAAGACACCUUAUGCUAUAACUAAAGUAGGAAUGACUGUACUUGUACAUGGGUUAGCCAACGAACUGAAAGAUACAGGAGUUUCUAUUUCUACUCUGUGGCCGGCAACAGGAAUUAAAAGUUUUGUCACAGAAAAAAUGAACCUACCAGACAAGUUGAUGAGGAAACCAGAAAUAUUUGCUGAUGCAAUGAUCACACUAGCUAAUGAGCAAUCAGACAAAUACAAUGGACAAGCACUGAUUGAUGAAGAUCUGUUACGUUCUGUAGGUGUUACCGACUUCUCAAAAUACAGAUGCGACCCCGGACAUGAACCGGAACGAAUGAUGCCUCGACAGUUCCCAUCGUUAAAAGUAGACGAAGAGAAUUAUGAUGUUUUUCCAAAGCUAUGAUUCAAGAUUACAUUUUUUCUAUCUUUAAUUUCGGCCAUGUGUAGAUAAAAUGCUAACAUUGUUUUGUGGGCAGAAGUUCACAGGUUGGAGGCUAGAAUAAUUUGAAUGAUAAUAUGACACCUGGUUGGUCAAUUUUACCAUGCCAUCACGUCUUGGUGUUCAGGAGUAAAUGAGCUAAAAAGCAAAAAUGUGAUAAGAAACAACGAUAAUUAGAAAACAACUUUAAUGUAACAAUAAAAAUAAAUUCCUUGUGAUUAAAAGUCGAUAUAUUAUAAGA